CUGGUGACAGGUGUCUGAGCUGCCAUUGCAGGGCGGGCUGCGGGGCGGGUCUUGGCCGGGGAAGGUGGAGGCGGCCCGGGCCUCGUAGUCCCUCCGGACACAACAGAGCGCUGCUCGGCACCGCCAUCAUUAUGGGGAACGCGAUUAGCGGCGGCAGCGGGGAUGAAGACGACCCGGGGAUGGAGCAAGAAAACACCGGAACGGCAGCCGCUGACACAGCGCGGGGAGCCACAGGCCAGGAGAGUCAGGUUCAGCUGGGGAUCCCCGGUGGCCCGUCCUCCCCGCUGCUGCUGCCGCCCUCUCCCGGGGUAUUGCUGGAGCAGGCCCGGCUGAGGGAGGCGGCGGCCCGGUUAAAGGACGUGGGGGCUCCGGAGUCGGUGGUUUCCCGGCACCAGAGCGCCCUGCUCCGCUGGCUGGAGGAGAGAUUGAGCCGAGGCGAGGAGGCGCUAAGCCGGGAACAGUUCAUAGAGAUGCUGGAGAGCCGGGCCAGCGGCCGGGAGGAGUGCGAGGAGGCAUUUGCACAGUUUGAUGCGGAAGGCGAUGAGGUGGUAGACUUGGAGAGCAUGUUGGAAGCCAUAAAGGCCUCUGGUGGUGCCAAUCUUCAAGGGGAGCUGAGGCACGUAAUCAGACAACUGCAGGCCUGCUCUCUCACACCAGGCUUCAUCGACAUAUUCUCCAAGUCAAAGGAUCGCCUUAACCUACAUUGUUCAAAGACUCUCCGUUUUUUACAUCGAAAUCGAAUUCCAAGUACCGUGAUUCCUUAUCCUAUUCUGGAGUGCUGCAGUAACAUUUUCACUAUGCGAUCCUCAGUGCUGAAAGAUUAUUUAGAGAAGUUACUCAAAAAAGAGAAAGAAUGUCCAGCUGUUCCAAGUGGCAGUGAUGAGUCGUUAAAGUAUAAAACGAUAACAAAGUGUUACAGUAGCAUAGAAACCUCAUCCAACUCAAAUGAUAUAGACAAGAUGGCUAAUGGAGAAACAACCUCAUACUGGCAGUCAGAUGGCAGUGCUCGUUCACACUGGAUACGGUUAAGAAUGAAGCCUGACGUUGCAUUGAGACACCUAUCCAUUGCCGUGUGUGCCGCGGACCAGAGCUACAUGCCUCAGCAAGUGGCUGUAGCUGUGGGACGAAACCCCAGCAACCUACAGGAGGUUCGCGAGGUCCACAUUCCCAGCCAUAUUACAGGCUAUGUGACAUUGCUGGAAAACGCUAACAUAUGUCAGAUGUAUGUACAGAUAAACAUCAAGCGUUGUCUGAGCGAUGGCUGUGAUACAAGGAUACAUGGACUCCGUGCUGUUGGCUACCAGAAGAUAAAGUCUGUAGUAUCGAUAUCGGACGCUUCAGCGAUAUGGUAUCUUUCUCUGUUGACAUCGCUUGUCACAACUUCCAUGGAAACGAAUCCAGCACUUGCACAGGCUGUCCAGCAGCACACACAGAAGGCUUUACAGCACAUGUUACCUCUUUCUUUAACGCAAGGAACUGCCGAGUUUCCAAAUUUUUUAUCACCAAAUAUUCUGGAAGAGGUGAAUAGCUUCCUUAUGCGGACUGCAAGCUGCUGUCCCACACCAGCGGUGGAUUUAAAUCUCUUGGCAUUUGCCUUGGCCAGAGGGAAUAUUGCUAAAGUGAUCACCUCUCUUUGUACCAUCAUGGACCAUUUGGAUUUACAGUACAAAGCUGCCUCCCUUAUAGAUUCAAUGGAAUCUGUUAGAAUUAAUCUUCUCUAUAAAUAUGGAAGACCACUGCAAUUUUCUCUCAUAGCAUGUGAUGUCAAAGGCAAGGAAGAUAAAUCUGGACCAGAAAACUUGCUGGUGGAACCAUGGACAGGGGAUGGCUUCCUGACAGAAACUGGAAAAACCAGAGCUAGUAUAAUCCUUUCUUCAGGAACUGAGUCAGCCUUCCAAGUUACACAAAUGAGGAUUAGGGUCCGAAGAGGGGCCAUUGGCGCCAAAUGUGGUUUAGUGUUUGCUUACAAUUGUUCGGAAAAGUUCCAUGCUGAAGAGCAUUUUAAAAGAUUUGAAAAGUUUGACUCAUGGAAAUUACCUGAAUUCAGACAGCUUGUGAAAGAAAGGUAAGGACUGUCUGGCACAGAUAUAGGUGAGAGUGACCCCGUAGCCUGGUUUGAGCUGGAAGAGGAAUGGGAUGAAGUGGACAUCAGGAUGCAACAAUGUAAAACUGCCAAGUAUUGGAUGGUGAAAUUCCUAGGCACGCGGGAAGAAACAGCAGAGCGCUUAGGUGUGCAAGGUAUCAACGCUUUUGGUUACCGCAGACCACUGGAGUCAAAGAUUGACAUGAAUGUGAUAUGUCUGAAGUGCAAGGAGUUGGCAGCCGAUAGCGUAUGCGGAAUAACCCUCAUUCUGAAAACUCUGCUAUUUGUUCAACAGCUGGCACAUGAUUUGGUGCAGGAGAAAGAGAAUCAAUCAAAGCAUCGAUCUCUUCUUGAUUUAUCAGGCCUAAAUCUGGAGCUGCUCUGGAGGUUUUACAAAAAGCUACAAGAUGUCCAAAGAGAGGAAUGCAUCUGUGCACAGACUAUCCUGCUUCAAUUACUCCAGAGCUGCUUCAGUGUACUGAAAACAGGGAAUUCUGCUUCUGAUAAUCAGAGCCAAGUCCAGUCUGCUCAGGAGCUGUACACACAUUUAUGUGAUGCUAUGGACAAUAUGGACACAUCAACUCUGUAUUGCAAAGCACUGAAAGAGGAAAUUACAAACACUUUACUGAAUGGAGCUGCUACUUUUUUCCCUGAUCGCCAGGCUAGGCGUGACCGGCUGUUCUGCUUAAUGAACAUCACAGAAGAGAAGCAACCACAAUCGGUUCUUAUCACCUUUCAAUCACUGUGUACAUAUUUCAGUGAACAGGACCCAUGUGGACUAUUAUUUCUACCGGAUGCAGCCAUUCCCAGUGAUUUUCAAAUCAGUCAAGUUACCUCAGUCAUGGAGAAGCUUCUGUCAAUGGCCGUUAGAGAGAGUAAAAUGCUGGUUCUACAUGAUUCCCAGGGAGAAUGUGGCACAAUCCUGCAUUCAUUGUUUUGGGCAGUGCAAGGCAGUCUUCUGUCUUGGUGCUUUUGUCAGUUAAAGGGAGAAGACCCAACAUCCCAGCUAUUGGCAAGAGAAUUGCUGGUUAAUUAUAUUGACCUUUUCCUGUUAAACACUAAAAACAUUCUGGAGAAUCUGCUAAGUCAACGUAGUGGGAAGGAAAUCACUGAAAAGUUGAGUGAUUCUGUAUUUGCCAUUGCGACACGUCAGCUGAUGACCUACAUGCUGGAGUUUUGUGCUCUUGACAUUCCCCAUUGUUCAUUACUUCAGAGUUUCAGCAGAUUAACCAAGUUGUUGAAGAAGCUAUGUGGUGAUCCUACAGAAAGUGCAAACAGGGUAGAAAUGGAAAGUUGGAACCAGGUUCAACAGCCAGUGGUUUUGCAGACCUGGAAUAUGGAGUCGCCACACAACUAUGAAAACAACUGUCGGGACACAACUGUCUUCCUUUGCCCCGGUGCAACAUACUUUGAGGUUGAAUUUGAUGACAAAUGUGAAACAGAAAAAAGGUAUGACUAUUUGGAGUUUACAGACGCCAGAGGUGGUAAAACACGGUACGACCACAAAGUUGGUACGGACAAGUGGCCAAAGAAAGUAACCUUUAAGGCUGGGCCACAACUUCAGUUCUUGUUCUUCUCAGAUGGGAGCAACAAUGAAUGGGGUUUUAAGUUUACUGUGACAGCAUUUGGCCUGCCAGAUAUUGCCCUUUCUUGGAGCUCUGAUUUGCAGCUACUUGUUGCACGUUUAUUGGGUCGUCUGGCAUCAAGGUCUAUGGCCAUGAAAUCCACAUGUGAACUGGGACCUAUCGCUGAAAUGCCAUCUGCAAAGGUCUCAUCCGUUGUUAGUUCUCCAUUGUGGAAACCUGUGUUCAGACAUCAGAUGUACACAGAGAUUGGCUCGAUAACAAAAAAAGAAGGCUGUACAGAGACUAAGAACUCUCAUACAGAUGACUGUCGUAACUUUCUGCUUGACUUUGCAAACUCAGAUCCUACCCAGGAUUACUGUGGCCCUAACUCUGAACUUUUCAAAGGACUGGUGCAAGCAAUUAAAAAACAGCCGACAAAGAAUGAUAUAGUGGCUGGUUCUGCGGUUGAUCAAGCUGUGAAUUGUACCUUUGCUGCUCUCAUAUACCUUACACCACAGUUAUUUGGAAAAUUACAAAUAUAUGUGCUUACAGGAGGAAAUCUUGCUUUAUGUGAGGAGUUUUCUCAGGUGUAUGCUUUGGCAGAUGGAAUUAGAAUAUGGAUGCUUGAAAUGAAGCAGAAGUCUUUGCAUACAGGUGGAAAUGAGAAGCUUGUGGUAGAUGGAGCAGAAAUGAAUCCAGACAUGUUGGCAAAGCAGUGCAUACAGAAAAGUCUUCUGCUGCUGAGAUUUUUGCCUACUACAUCAAAGUUACCAUUAGAGAGCUCGAUUUCCACAGAGGACAAUGGAGUGUUGUGCACUCUUCGUAGGAAGAGUUCCAUUGUAGAAGCAGAUUUUCAAGCUUCAAGUGCCUCGCCUGUUAAUGCCUCCCCUGAAGCUCCACAUCCAAAUUUAAUAGCUAAAUGUCAAGUGCCUGAUCCUGACUCUCAGAAAAAGAAGGAACCAGAACUCUUUAAGUAUGAGACGCCAGUAGGGUCUCAAACGAAAACAUCAGAAAAAGCAGACGAGCCUUCCUCUCCUCCUCCUACCCCAACACGUAAAGCCCCAUUUAGUCGAGCAAGACUAAGACUGCUUUCAUUCCGCUCUAUGGAGGAGGCAAAGAUGUUGCCAACAGUGAAGGAAAAAUAUCCCAUUUUGAAGAGUAUCUUAGAUUUUGUAAAGGAUCCAGCAAUUUCCCAUGAAAGUGUUUUGCAGGUCCUGUCCUUAAGAAAAGCUCAGGCUGAAAGCAUUCUGAAAGUACUUAGGAUAAUCCAGGAAUGUCUGGACACUCUCGGGCAACCCAAUUUCUUUCAGCCUCCUUGUGUACUCUUCUUACUGGAGCUGCUGGCCUGUCAAAAUGACUUCACAAAUUACUUUGGUCACCUUGAAGGCUGUGGUGCUGAACUGCAUCAAGAAGUACGAGAAACUUACUACAGGCUUGUUGUUCUCCUAGUUAAUGCUGUGAAGAGUUUCAGCGGCCUUGAUGACCGGUCAUUGCUACCAGCCUUAUCGUGUGUGCAGACUACACUACUUCACAUGCUGGACAUGAGCUGGGAACCACAAGACCUUCCAUUCUUCCUCAGCAUUGACCUCCCAGAAUUACUUUUAUCCAUGUCUAAGGAAAAUAUAAGUACCCAUGAUAGCAUUGUAAGUCCGCGGGAAGAAGAUGAUGAAAGGGCAGAUUACAGGCAGAACCUUCAGUGGUUAGAGGAAUGCAAAGAUGGAAUGUUUGAAACUUGGUAUGAAAAGAUUAAUCAGGCAGACCCAGAUGUAAAAAGAAAGAUGCAUUUGUUUAUUGCACGGUAUUGCGACCUGUUGAAUGUUGAAAUCUCUUGUGAUGGUUGUGAUAAAAUUGCACCAUGGCAUCGCUACCGUUGUUUACAGUGUAAUGACAUGGAUUUGUGUAAAACAUGCUUCCUGGGCGGAGUAAAACCAGAGGGUCAUGAAGAUGAUCAUGAAAUGGUUAACAUGGAAUAUACAUGUGAUCAUUGCCAAGGACUUAUUAUUGGUCAUAGAAUCAACUGCAAUGUGUGUGAUGAUUUUGAUCUGUGCUACGGAUGUUAUGUGGCUAUGAGAUACCCUGAAAGCCAUUUGCCUAGUCACAGUAUCACCAUCUAUCCCAUGGUUACAAAUAAAAUCAGUGACAAGCAGAGACUUAUUCAGCCUUAUAUUCACAACUACUCUUGGCUGCUCUUCAGUGCACUGGCUCUCUAUUGUUCAGACUUGGCCACUGAAGGAGAAAUAGACGGAGAGAAGUUUGAUUCAAGUAUCAUUAACAGUGCUCAGAUUCUACAAGCAAACUGUACAGAUCUAGUGGCCAGCUGUCUCGUGAAGGCUCAAAAGGGAAAGGGUUUUCUGCAGGGUAGACCUGUUACUGAUGUGAAUUUUUUCACUUCGCAGAAGCAAUGCUGUGCAGAAGGUGAAGAAGAAGGAGAAAGCCCUACAGAGCGAUAUUUAUUUGCUGGAGACAUGUCCAAGAAACAUAUUGUUGACAAAGCUACAGUCCUAAGCCCAGACCAAGUGUUUGCUGAAUGCUCUCAGGAACGUAUAUUAGGACUAAUAGCAGCCAUGUUGCCUCCUUUAAAACCAGAUGCAGUGAGUUCCAUUAGGAACCUGCCUCAAGUGCUACCACUGAUGUUUCAAGUAGUUAUCACCAAUGCUGGCCACCUUAAUGAAUCCUAUCAUUUAACAUUGGGCCUUCUGGGUCAGUUGAUCGUCAGAUUAAACCCAGCUGAGGUAGAUGAUGCUGUGAGAAAUGUCCUGUUUUCCAAUCACAUCAUGCAAGUAGCAGGUGAUGGGAGCUCUUUGCCACAUGGCUGGAUUACAACUCAGCUGCUGUUCACUCUCGGAGCUAUAUGUCUAGACAGCAAAGUUGGUCUUGAUUGGGCGUCUGCUAUGUCUGACAUCCUGCGGGAGUUAAAUAGUUCUCCAAAAUGGCAGAAAGUGAUGACUGCGUUCACAGACCACUGUAUGCAACAAUUGCCUGAUCAGUUGAAAAACAGCAAUAUCUUCACUUUAUUAGUCUUGGUUGGGUUUCCUGAGGUACUCUGUAUGGGAACAAGGUCUGUGUAUGUUGAUAAUGCCAAAGAACCUCAUGAUGUUGUCAUAUUAAAACAUUUCACUGAGAAAAAUAGAGCUGUAGUUGUUGACCUCAAAACACGAAAGAGGAAAACUGUGAAAGAUUACCAGCUGAUGCAAAGCAAGGACUGCAAAAGUCAAGACCCAGAAGUAAAUCUUAAGAAAUAUCUUCAGCACUUUGCCUCCAUUACCAGUAACCUUCUACAGCGGAACCUGGACAACAGCUGUGCGGAGGCAGCUGAAGCUACGUGGGUCUUGUCCCUAGCUCUGAAAGGAUUAUAUAAAACUCUUAAGAAUCAUGACUUUGAAGAAAUUCAAACAGCCUUUAUUCAGUCGGGUUUGCUAAAAUUGUUGGUGAAGAAAUGUAGCAAAGGCACUGGUUUCAAUAAGACAUGGCUUCUUCGUGAUCUGGAGAUCUUGUCUAUAAUGCUGUAUUCAUCAAAGAAAGGGACAACUUUUGUAGCUGAAAAAAAUGAUUCACCUUCUGAAAAGCCAGAGCAAGUUCAAGAUACUGAGCCACCUACAGUUGAUGUAGUUCAGAAAAAGCAUAAUCCUUUAGAAGGUCUAGAUGAAGCUACAAAAUCGUGUUUUCAGGUUAUUCAUGAAGCCCAGAAUGUACCUUUACACAUCCUUCGAGCAAUUUAUGAGAUGGAAAAGAAGAAUACAGAAUCAUUCCUUGAAGAAGUUCAGAAAAGAUUUGAUGGAAAAACUGGUAUGAUUGAUGAAAAAGUGAAGAAGAUGGCACAGAAAUGGCAACCACUGAAGUCUGUAAAAUCAGAGGAACAGCUCUUGAAUGUCACUGACACCGAUAUGCUCAUUCCACCAUGCCUGAUGAAACCUGUGCAGUGUGAUAAAGCUUCAGAGGAGUCCAAUCCUGUCAGUCAAAAGCUUAUUGUAACAAAUGAGAGUGACCUACAAGUUGCCUAUGCUAAGCAAAGACGUACCAAAAGUGCUAUACUUCUCCGCAAAGAGCUUGACUCUCGUAGCAAGAUAGCAGCACGGGAAUACCUGUUCCACGUGAAUGAGGCCACAGCUGUUGUGUAUGCGCGCCAUGUUCUUGCUUCCUUGUUGGCUGAAUGGCCCGAUGGUGUCCCACUGAAAGAAGACAUACUAGAAUUAAGUGGACCAGCGCAUAUCACAUAUAUUUUAAAUAUGCUAAUGCAUCUGGAAGAAAAACAGUUGUGGGAAAAGAUUUUACAGAAGGUGUUGGGAGGCUGUAGUGGAAUUAUGCUUGGAACAGUAGCAGUUACUGCCUGUCAGUUCAUGGAGGAACCAGGAACAGCAGUACAAAUGCGGGAAUCUAAACAUCCUUACAACAACAAUACAAUCUUUGAGGACAAAGUCCACAUCCCUGGUGCAAUUUACUUGUCAAUCAAGUUUGAUCCAAUGUGUAACACAGAGGAUGGCUGCGAUGAGUUGGUAAUCUCAAGUUCCUGUGAUUUUAAACAAGACCUACAUAGAUUUAGUGGGCUGCCUAAAAAGUGGAUUGACUUUGAACUCCCUGGUGAUACCUUAUUCUAUCGGUUUACAUCUGACAUGAGCUUUACAGAGUGGGGCUACAAGUUUACUGUGGCUGCUGGACAUCGAGGCCGAUUUCAGACAGGGUUUGAAAUUCUAAAGCAGAUGCUGUCUGAUCAGAGAGUUGUGCCUCAUCUCCCACUGCCCAGUAUAUGGGAAUGGCAGGUGGAUGUGGCUUGUAGGCAGAAGGGCCACCAGCGAUUAAAGGCAAUCCACUUACUACUGAAGCUAUUACAACUCGGUCCUAUAAGGGACUGUGACUUCAAGCUGCUGAGACCACUGUGGCCAGUUUUCACAUCUAUGGAGAACACUGCUCAUCAAGAUGCAGCCAGCUGCGGAGUCCUCCUCCCCUUACACAGGGCACUUACGGAGUUAUUCUUCACUGCAGAGAACCGUGCAAGUGAGCUUGGGUGUUUGCAGGAUUUUCUCAUUAGUUUAACCACGGAUGAACAAAUCAGUCUUUACACAGAACAGGCGCUGAAAAACAUUGCAGCUAUAAGCUUUACCAUCAACUACCCAAACAAAUCGACAAGUGCAUGGACUGCCUGAUUCUGUGGCAUUUACCCUGGAUUCUAGUUCCAGAUGAUGCUGCAUGCUUUGUGGAUUCUCAUCUCUUUGUAAAUGAAGCGCACCAGUGUAUUGAAAACUGUACAUUUGCCUCUGAACACACGUGCACUUCCACCAUGCUGUAUAAUAAUCCAAUUGACUAUUUUAUGAACAGUUCCAGCAUUGUUUUAUUUCGUCGUGUCGCAGCAGGCUUUGAAUACUGAAGAAAUAGUAGUGUCUGUGUAAAGCUGGCAUGCCAAACUAAGACUGGAGUACCUAAAGACUUGGAGUAGAAGGUGGCUGAAAUGUAUAUUAUUGAUGGAUUU